GUUUGGUUCCUGGAGUUCCUUAUUGCCCGUUCAAAAGAUAGCGAGAGACGAAGCAUUUCAACCGAGCUUUUAUACAAUCGACCUUCGCUCGUUGCUCACAUAGAGAUCUACUCUGAAGAUCCGAGGCCGGACGACACUCUAGUAGAGUCUGUUCAGAUUCAUCAGGAACCUUUAUCGCACCUUCCAUCCUAUCUGCCAGUCUGCGAUCUGCCUGCACCUUCCUCAACAACUCCCACCGAUAACCAGACUUCAGGUUGCAAGCAAGCGAGCCACCAACCUACCACCACAUACCCAUCCCUUGACUCUAGAUCACCCAUCAAUUCAGACUCACUCACAUCCUCUACACUCAAUCCGCAAUCAUGUCGUCCCACGCUCUGUCCGACGACCAGGUCGCGGCCGAAUUGAAGAAGAUGACCGCGUUCAUCCGGCAAGAGGCAUUGGAGAAGGCCCGCGAGAUUCAUCUCAAGGCCGACGAAGAGUUCGCCAUUGAGAAAUCGAAACUGGUCCGUGAAGAGAUCGCCGCCAUUGACACCCAGUAUGAGAAGAAGUUCAAGCAAGCUUCCAUGUCUCAACAGAUCACCCGCUCCACCACCGCCAACAAGACACGUAUCAAGGUCCUCUCCGCUCGCCAGGAAUUGUUGGACAAAUUGUUCGAGGACGCCAGGAAGAAGCUCAAGGAUGCGUCCACAAAGAGCAAGAACUAUGAAGAGAUCUUGCAGGGUCUGAUCCUAGAAGGUCUAUACAUCCUUGCGGAGAAGAAGGUGGAACUGAAAGCACGCAAAGCCGAUAAGGACAAAGUGCUAUCUGCCAGCAAGAAGGCUGCUGAGGAAUAUAAAAAGAACUUUGGGCAGGAGGUUGAGGUUAAGCUCGACGAGAAAGACUGGUUACCCGAGGCAUCGGCCGGAGGAGUCUUCAUUCUAGGCAGCGCUGGAAAGAUCGAACUCAACAACACGUUCGAAGAACGACUACGACUACUGGAGACCGAUGCUCUUCCCAGCAUCAGGGCCACACUCUUCGGAGAGAACACAAAUCGCAGGUUCAAGGACUAAAAGACAAUGGGCAAGAAUGUUGAAUCUUUGUCCCGUGCGAUCAAUCAUGUCUGUCUGAGUUUGGUUUUCUGUGGAGUUUGCCGUAUUCGCUCUCUCGAGGGGGCUUUUGGGGGGAGUGCUAGAAAUGGCAUUCGGGCGUGGUGUAACUAGGAAAUAAGUGUCAAUCAGCCGCUGUAGCCUCGGCCACAAUGAUAGAUUUCUGGACUCGUCAGAUGUGCCCGUGGUCGAGUUCGAUAUUAUCUCAUCAGCUACAGGUGCCUGUGAAUCCCUCAUACUCAUAAGAACACCAAUCUCGAAUGAUAUCGAUGAUUUCUAACA